AUGAGCGCUGCGGUCUCCAUGGUGACAGGGCCCGGGGAUGCUGCGCGUCCUCUCCUCCCCCCACGCUUCGUGAUGGAGGUGGGCCGCCUCCCGCUGGAGCUGUGGCGUCUCAUCCUCUCCUACCUCCAGUUGCCCGAGUUGGGCCGCUGCAGCUCCGUGAGCCGCACCUGGCGGGAGCUCGUCGUCAGCUUGGACAAGACGCGCUGGCGGCAGCUGUACCUGGGCUCGCCUCACGCCUGCCGUCGCCCACCGAACUGGCCGCUGCGGCCGGAAUUGGAGCCGCCGUCGUGGCGCGAGGCCCUGCGGAGGGCCCUCCUCGCCAACCGCGUGUGGCGCCGCCACGACAGCCGCUGGAGUACCGUCGAUGUCACCGGCUGUCUGUACGGGCCCUUCUUCCGCAAGCGGCCCGAAUGUCGCAGCGCGUGGGUGGGUCCCGGCGGCGACUACGAGAGCCUGCGGGUGGCGUUGGCCUCACUGCCGCCCUACAGCCGCGUGUUUCUGCUGCCGGGCGUCUACGAGGAGCAGAGCGAGGUGGUCCUGCGGGCGCCCGUCGAGAUCGUGGGCCAGGGCAGCCUGGGCCAGGUGGCGCUGCUCGUCAGCUUUGAACAGCAGUGCCCCACCGUACGCCUCUGCAACCUCGUGCUCAUGCAGGCCUGGUUCACGCCCAUCAUCUACAAGACGAGCGUGGGCCACAUGCAAAUGGACACGUGCAACCUGGAGAACGGGCAGGUGCAGGUGAGUGCUCCGGCCACGUGUCACCUGCGCUUCUGUAGCUUCAGCCAGGCCGGCCUUCACCUGCACGCCGUUGCACUGGCCGCUGUGGAAAACUGCGAGUUCUCUGGGAGCGAGGGCGCUUCUUUGACAGUGGAAGGGUUCCCUUCGACCGACCAUAACUGGGCCUACGAGCACCUGGCUGCGUCGCUGCGUGCCGACCUGCUGGCGCAGUCCUGUGGCCUGCUGGGAGCGGACACCGCGCUGGACUGGCUGAAUCUCGGCUUCGACAAGAAGUCAGAAAGCGCGCAGAGCGACAAAACAGCAGGGCAGGCAGGAGACGGCACGGGAGCCACGCAUCACAGCCAGGGAAGCAAGGCGGUGGGGCGGGUGGGAGGACGCUGCUGGAAUGUCAGCCACAAGGGCCAGAACUGUGUGUCAGGGACUGCACAUGCGGGCCUUUCAGACUCCAUCUCAUCAAAGGCCCACCGCCUCUGCAAUGGCAUGAACCGUGAUGGCAACCACCACGGUGACGCGCUGACCCCAGCGGUUAGCGAGGGGGCAUUUCUCAAGGACAGCAGUGGCAGAGACACGGAGCAGGAGGAAGACUACAAGGAGUUUGCGCACCUACUCACGAGAUUGCCGGUGGGGAGCCUAAUGACGGGGGCAGGGGCCUCGCUGAGCAUGGAGGAGGUAGGCCCUCGGAGCCUGGAGGAGGAGCUGCGCACGGAGAAGGAAGCCCGCCUGUUGGUGCGUCUAAUCUUGGGCUGCGUGGUGCAGCGCUGCCUCUUCCGGGAUGGGCGAGGAGGCGUGCUGUCCUCCACACAUGCCCAUGUGCGUCUCCAACACAACACCUUUCGCCACCUCCACCAAGCUAUCCGCUGCCUGCAGGAUGCCAAGGUGCUCGUGUUUCGUAACGAGAUCCACCACUGCCGAGCGUCGGGCGUUUUCCUGCGCCUCUCCGCUGGCGGUGUCAUUGCGGAGAACGACAUCCACUCCAACGGCGAGGCAGCCAUCGACAUCCGCAAGGCGGCCAACCCCCUCGUACUGUGUAAUCGCAUCCACGGGGGACAACGCACAGGAAUCUUGGUUAUGGGUGGUGGCCGGGGCAUCAUCCGCAGCAACCUCAUUUUCAACAAUCGCGAGGCAGGGAUCUGCAUCCUAUACCGUGGAAACCCGCUCGUCAGUGGCAAUUACAUUUAUCAAGGACUGGCAGCUGGGAUUGCAGUGAAUGAGAAUGGACUGGGUCUCAUUACAGGUAACCUGAUACACGAGAACCAGCAUGGCGGCGUGGACAUUCGCAGAGGAGGGGACCCGGUCCUCAGAAACAACCUCAUCUGCCACAGCGCUUGCGAUGGCGUGGUGAUUGGGGAGCGAGGCCGGGGACUCAUUGAAGGCAACAGCAUCUGUGAAAACAAGGGCUGUGGAGUGUGGAUCAUGGCGUCGGGCACACCCCACGUCCUGGGCAACGUGAUCGCGCACAACGGCCUGCACGGGGCCGCCGUCUUCUGCCGCAAGGAAGGUCCCGUGGAGGCGCAUGGCGGCCAGGCGAUGUACCGCGCCGAAGGGGAGGGCCCGCAUGGCGACGACGCGGAGCUGCUGAGCUGGGAAGGGGACGGCGACCCGCUGGAGGAGGCGGAGCGGCGCGGUGGCCACGCGGCCAUCACCACCACCAUCCUGGAGUACAACAACAUGCUCUACAAUGCAGGGGCAGGGGUGUUCGUGAAGAGCAGCGAGUCGCUGACGGUCGCCUGGAACGCGCUGCACUGCAAUGAGGAGUGCGGCGUGGCCGUGCACAAGAGCACGGCGCUGGCACGCAUCGCCAGCAACAACGUGAGCUGGAACGGCCGCGGGGGCGUCAGCGUGCGGCCCAGCUGCAAGGUGGAGCUGCAGGGCAACGGCGUCUACCACAACACCGGGCACGGCAUCGAGUCUUGCGGCGAGGGAAGCCUCAUCGAGAACGACGUCGUUACCAGUCGUGGAUGUGGCCUGCGCCUGGCCCAGGAUGCACGCAUGCUGGUGCUAAAGAACCGCGUGCUGUCCCUUCACCGCUAUGCGAUGGCGGUGUUCGAACGCACGCGCGGGACCAUCCAGGCCAACCUACUCUUCCAGAGCACGGGGUACGAGGCGCUGCACAUCGAGCUGAGCAGCGCGGGCGACGUGCUCAUCCAGGGCAAUGAAAUGGUGCCUUUCCCUGCGCCAGGGUGCGAGCCGGGCUCUCGCUGGGGCCGUCUGGAGGAGCCUCCACCGCGACCGCACUCCCUCUCCUCGAAGCGACCCGGUGGCCCCCGCUCCGUGUCCAUGGUGACGCGGCUGGGCGGCGGCGUGAGCCAGGGCUGCUCUGGAGGAGGCAGCAGCGUGUGCACCCUGCUGUAGCCACGGGGGUACGCCGCCGUAGGUCCCCUGUGCGGGUCACGUAGUUGCACACUGUCCAUUUGUAACUCGAUAAUAGAGGGGGCUUUUGUUGGGUUAGAUCGCGUGAAUAUAAAUGUGGUGUCGUUAAACCCGCCACCACCCGGCACAGCCAAUUAGUAAGGUUUGUCACAUAAACACAACGUGCCAAUUCGUGACGAGUACAGCAGCACACCGCUUGUGUGUUGGAGAGUAAACCCACAAAAUUUACAAUUCUAUUUGUAACAGCUUCUGUACGUGAUGGUGUAAGGUAGCGUAAGCAGUGCUACUUUGGUGUAGCUUUACUCGGCAAGCGAUUGUCCCCGCAGGUGAUUGGUCAUAUUUGAGAUUCAGAUUUUUUUUAAUAAUCGGGUUUUUAAAAUUUUAUUUUUUAAAUAAUUUUUACCAUUUAAUUUCUUGUUGCAUCUCCUUUGUACAGUUUUGUUUACUCCGUUACCUCGAAGGUAAAAUGAAUGUAUAAUUUGUAUAUAAUUUACAUAAAUUGCAAUCAGGUGUGAUACACAUGUAAUGUGAGUAUAAGAAUCGAUUUGAUUGAAUCAAUCGUCAUGUUGCAAAUGUUGACACGUUGCAACAUAGAAUGAACUCUUGUGUCUGUAUUGCAAUAGUUGCGUAACAUUACGUUUUCAGCAAAUCACAAUACAAAAUAUAUUUAUUGUUGUGUACCAAGAAAUACCUAAGGAUGCGAUUCCACUCAACCCACACUUUUGGCCUUCUUACUCACGUGGCACCCGGUUAAUCACAGCGGCCGUCAACACACUCGGUAGUGGUGAAGUCUUGAUCACAGUUCAGCACCAGCACAUGGGAAUUUGAGUUGUUUGGCGGGUGGCAGCUCCCACCCCGUCUCCUGGGGAGGGCCACGGAGUUUCUUGGCGGUGACCCAGAGCUCCGUUUGGUGCCCUUACGUGUGGCUUAGCGUGCGAAGGUGUCGUCUUGUGGACAGUGCCGGAUUAAGCUGAUGCAGGGCCUGUAGCAUGUUAUAAAACGGGCCCUAAAUAAAAAAACACGUAAAUAUUAAAAUACCAAUUUUUAACAUGUAUAGUAAAAUAAUUGUAUUUUUUUAUUUGCUAUACAACCAGAUACAACAAAUCGCUAACCGUAAACACUCAGCAUAGUACUAUAGUAAUAGAGCAAGUACAGAAUCACUGAAACGGAAUUGAUAGCUUGAAAGCAUUUAGCGCGGGGCUCUUUAAAGUGCAGGGCCUGUAGCAUGUAUAGCUACUUUGCUACUCGGAUAACCCGGCACUGCUUGCAGACGCAGACAUUCUCGUCUCGCCGGAAGAACCCGAUGGAGCUGCAAGGCUGUGCUUCACAGGUGUCCAACCCAGGCUGGGGGUGGCAAUGGAUGGAAAUCGCAGAGAAAAUUACAAAAGCUGGCGGAAUUCCUUCCACCAGAUAAUCGUUCCGCUCAGUCUUGGCUUACUCAAAUCCCACAUGCCGUUUUUUUUAUUUUACUUGGUGGAGUGCUGCAAUCACGAGCCUGCGUGCUAUUUCGGUUUUAUUUAUUUUAAUUAAUCAUUUAAUUCAGUUUUUAGCCCUGUACAGCACUUUGCGACUUCCGGGUGAAAUCUGUUUUAAGAGUGUAAAGUAUUUUUUUCCUAGAUAAAUUAAACCAUCAUAAACAGAAUAAUAUUGGCAAAGGUAAAACAGGACGUCUCUUUGGGGCAACUCGUCUCGGCCCGGGUGAUUGUGGGUGUUCUCCACGGCGCGUGCGGCCCCAGCACAGCCGUCCUAGCGGAAAGGAACUGGCGUUGUGCGGCUGCCGGCCUUCGAUCGUCUACCGGGGAGCUAAGGAGGCGCUCAGGACUCGCCGAUCUGGAGCUUGUCGAAGGCCAAAUGUGUGAAGAAAGAAUGUCAGCCUGCUGAAGCUGACACAAAUAGACAUUCUAAAAAAAGCACGAAGAAUUAGGUAACGUAACUUUCAUAUAUUUUCCUCAUUUUAAAUCAUACAUUUAAUCCUAGCACACCACUGCCAGAAUUUUUAUUUAUUUAUUCCAAAGAAAGGACAAUGCUCCAAUCGACUCCCGCCUACGUGCGUUACAAACACAACCCGAGCUCGCUCUCCGCUUCACAGCCGAUGUUAGAGCGGCGCGUUAUGAAAUCCACGUGACUACCGUCACAAGCAACAUAAAUAUUAAAAGAGUUUCACUGUUUAACUUCAUGUUUAGGAUGGUAUUUGGGAGGAUUGUGGGUACAUCGACUUAGUUUUAUAAAUGGCAACACGUUAAAAAUGAAUUUUUUUAAGUGUGCUGUUUGUGGCACAAUUGGGCAAAAAAUAAAACAUUUUUACAUUC